AUGAAGUACGUCGUCAAUAGAAAAUUCUGGGGUAAAGCUGUCCAAGAAUGGCUUGCUGAAGUUACAGAGCCUUUAAAGCCUCAAAACACAAUAGAUUCGUGGCUCAACAACCAUAUAACAUUCUGUACCGCCAACGAGGAUGAAGCUGAGUUGAAGGCACGAAUUGAGAAAACAUUUGGUUACGACAUGAGCACAGAAUGUGUAAGCGGUCAACAAGAUAUUCUCAGCUGGAAUGUACUGCCUAACAUUUUGCACAUGACGUUACCUUGUCCGCCAGUCUACACCGCUAUCCUUAUAUUGAGAAGACUAACUGCAAUGAAACUGAAGAGAGAACACACCAUUUCCGAAAACUCUCGUCGCCUGCAGUCGCAGCUGCUCAAGGUGAGUAGAGCACUUUCUAACGUUUAG